GAGGGGAAGGGGGAGGAAGAAUUACGUCUCUGCACUGACUUUUGGCUCAGAGAGCCUCCUCCUUAGAAUGCAGCGAUUAUGUUUCCCUUAGUAGAACACGUUUUGAAAACAAAAUUCUUUUCAAGUUAGGCUUUGAACUUGAGUUCUGUUACAUCAACAUGGCAUGUGGGUGUCAACUGUAAGUGACCCUGUGCCUCCCUGCCCUUUCUGGGCUGAGAAAGAUGCUCAUGUGUCUUCCUCCAGAAAGUUAGGUGCCCAUGCCCAUCUCCAGGGUUGUAUUUGUGGAAAUCUGGCUGAUCCGGGCCAGUGGGCUUCUUCAAUGUCCUGUGUCUACAUUUGGGUGAAACUGCACAGAUGAGGAUGAGUCGCUACACAAACGUGUGGCUGGGUGUUCUGACUUCCAAACUGGGCGUUAGUCUGGGAGCGCAUGGACGUGAUAGUGGAGGGAGAGAAGGCUCCAGACCUGGCACGUCUGGGCCCUUGACUUAGAAGAGGCAACAGGACAAAUGAGUUCAGCGAAAGGAAGUUAGGCACUGGCUGCAUGUCCGUGGUUCCUGGCAGGGUUUUUGGAGAGUGGCUUCUUUCUGUAUCUCCUCUUAGGUGCCUGUACAAGACUGAUGUAAACUUUAAUUUACAUAGAUUAACUAUGCAGAAAACAGAAAGUACUGGAGUAAGAAAGUGCCAGAACGAAGAUGUCCAAAUAUUAUGAAAUAUAAGCGCAUUAAUGAACAUUUGCAUAAAAUGAAAGAUACUUAAAUCUGCAUGUGAACUAUAUUUAAAGAAAAUACAGAACUUUCUCCAGAAGCAAUGCAUUUUAAGUAUGUUAAAUUUAGACCAGCUUGAGAAAUAUAAUGUUGAAUUAAUGUAUCAUUAUGCUACUUUACAUAAACCAUUUUAUCUUUUAAUUCUUAGGGAACAGUAGUUAAAACGCAUAACCCUAUAGCACCCAGCCUCUUUUUCAGAAUGUGUAGCACAGCCUUCUUUCUUUCCCACUGAGUUUCAAGAAAUCAAAAGUGUUUGAGGAAACAAGACUUUUAUAAAGUUAAAAAUGGAUACAUAUUUGGGCUGAAAGGCAGGACUGAGAUUCAGUAGACUGGAAUUUCUAGAAAAAGAUUUUUAGAUUUGUAUGUAUAUUCUUUAAAGAUUUUUAAAAAUUUUGUUUUGAGAGAGAAAGAGAGAGAGAGCAUACGAGCAGGGGAGGGGCAAAGAGAGAAGAGAGGGGCAGAGGAUCCUAAGCAGACUCUGUGCUGACAGCAGAGAGCUCGAUGUGGGGCUCAAACCCACCAACUGUGAGAUCAUGACCUGCACUGAAGUCAGAUGCUUAAACGACUGAGCCACCCAGGCGCCCCUGUAUGUAUAUUCUUUAUGCACUUUCCCCUGUUCCCAGUAUAGACUUCUUGAAGUGGAUCUAAAGGAAUCAUGCUAGGUGAGUGAAUUAAGCCUGAAAUUAAGACUGUACAACAAGCAGGUCUUCUGGACACAUUGCAGCUUUGAGGAGUCUGGGAAACCCACCAACUAGUACUUCUGAUUGAUCUUUGUUUUAGACUUUUAUUCCAACCUGUUGCUCCUCAGUAGACACAGACCUGGUGAUGAGUAACUGUACCUCCAGUAUAUUCUCCCAGAUGGCCUGGGCCCUGGAGUGGCCCCCACAGGAUGAUGUUGUCACCAUUUGCCACUAGGCAAUUUCUAACUAGUUUGUGUCUCUUUCUAGCUGCACAGCCCUCUCCUUUUCCAGAGCCGUUUCUGGGAAUGUGACGGAUUCAGAUGCCAUGUCUUGAUGACCAUGAGGUUCCUCUCUGUUUCUGCCCCUCCCCCACUUGCACUCUGAAUGAAAGAAAGAAAGAAAGAAAGAAAGAAAGAAAGAAAGAAAAGAAAAGAAAGAAAAGGAGGAAGGGAAGGAAAGAAGGGAAAGCUCUUGUUGAUUGGCAAUUAAGGAAUUUGUAGUACUUCUUCUGAAUUUUAUUCAGAAAAGCUAUAGUGAUCUUUUCUCACAGCCCAGAGGUUGUCCCAGAGAACACAAGAAGCAUCAGACACAGGAAUUGACAUAAAGGGGUGUUUUCAUGUCUUUCUGGCAUGUGGCAGGUAUAAAAUUUGGGCCAUUAUGGCGUUUUGGGUGUCCCCGAAGCUGUUCUCACAGUCAACUUUACUUUGAGAGGGACGCAUGACUUCCCAGUCACAGAGUGUUGAGUCACUCAGAUGGUACUGAGGGGACCUUCUAAAACCACAACAAGCAUUUUCCAAGCAGUGACUCAGCGCACGUCUUGUGCAUUGGAUGGGAAACACCAAUAAGCUGAUGAAAGUUAUCUUCCAUCUAUAAAUACCUUCAGCUCUUUAACACCCACAUGCUUUACAAAUCCAAGAGGGGCUUGGGCUCACUGUGCAAGAUCAUUUGUACUGUUUCUAUUUUCCCAGUACUCUGCCCCACUUUUUCCUAAAAGGUCCAGCUGACAUCCUCAACAGUGGCCCCACCUUGUAAAAUUCACCACCAGGAGGGCUGAAAAUAUGACUGAAAAAAAAACCAAUUAGGAAAAGAAACAAAAGGUACCAGGAUGUACCUCUGUGUUCACCAUGACCCAUAAAUUUUAUUGGGGGUUUUUUAAUCUCGGCCCUAUGGACAUCUCAGACCUCAUCAUUCUUUGUUGGGGGGGGAGCAUCCUGUGCAUCGUCGGAUGUUUCAAAGCAUCCUCAGCCUCUACCCACUAGAUGCCAGCAGCACCCACCCCAGUAGUGAUGUCUGCUGACACUGCUAGAUGUCCCUAAUGGGGGCAGGGGGGAGGGGUCGCUUUGCCCCUCAUGGAAAAACACUGAUGUAAUCCAAAAGGAUGAGGUCCUUAAGAAACAUGCUUUAUAUUAGUUUUCAGUCUUAUAUCCUGCCAUAUGUAAGUAUAAAAUAACACAUGACCCUAGUGUGCAUUUUCCUGGUGAAGAGAACUCCCUCCCAUUUUGGCACAGUGCCUCUUGUGUGCAGUUAGCGGACUGUUUCUGAUUCCUGCUGCAGUGCACUUAGCUGCACCCACCUAACAGACAAUGCAUGCCCUUUUGGCAGUGCAGACCUCCAGUAACACCCGGGAGGAACUAGCUGAAUGCAUACAAAACGUUUCCAAAACUUUCUAAGCACAUAUUUCAGUGUGGCUUUUUUCCCCCUUUAAAGCAGAAAAAUCUUCACAUUCAGAGAAGAUUUGACUUCAAAGAUACUGUCAAUAAAGCAACAGUGAUAGGUUUACAGUAACUAUCCACCUGAGCCUUUUACUCCCUCAGAGAUUUGUUUUCUGGUGAGAUGGGCUUUGUUUUAAUCUUUUCCAUCUAUUCUGGGCACCUAUAUAGCCCGUAGCCAAGAGGACCCCAUUCAGAAUUACAUAGUCUGAAUUUUAGAAAUCACCUUGCAUAUCUUAUGAAAGCAUCACGAGAAUCCAGUAAAGAAUCUAAAAACAAAACCGCAAAGGUGUCUGUAAGAAAAUGUUGACGGCUGGGGUGCCUGGGUGGCUCAGGUGGUUGAGCCUCCAGCGUCAGCUCAGGUUAUGAUCUUACAGUUUGUGAGUUCAAGCCCUGCUUCGGGCUCACUGCUGUCAGCUCAGAGCCUGCUUUGGAUCCUCUGUCCCCCUCUCUCUGCCCCUCCGCCACUUGCGCUUUCUCUCAAAGAAAGAAAGAAAGAAAGAAAGAAAGAAAGAAAGAAAGAAAGAAAGAAAAACAUUGGCAGCCUCCACCCCUUCUUUCCUAUCAGAAGCAUCUACAGCAGCAUGCCUCACAUACAGUAGACACUCAGCAUUAGACGGCUUCAUCAUCGCAGUGACCACAGAUGGCAGCAUCCUCUAUGUUUCAGACAGUAUCACGCCUCUCCUGGGGCAUUUACCGUCAGAUGUCAUGGAUCAGAAUUUGUUAAAUUUUCUUCCAGAACAAGAACAUUCAGAAGUUUAUAAAAUGCUCUCUUCCCAUAUGCUUGUGACAGAUUCCCCCUCCCCAGAAUACUUAAAAUCUGACAACGAUUUAGAGUUUUAUUGCCAUCUUCUCAGAGGCAGCUUGAACCCAAAGGAAUUUCCAACUUAUGAAUACAUAAAAUUUGUAGGAAAUUUUCGCUCUUACAACAAUGUGCCUAGCCCCUCUUGUAAUGGCUUUGACGGCACCCUUUCAAGGCCCUGCCGGGUGCCGCUGGGAAAGGAGGUCUGCUUCAUCGCCACAGUUCGUCUGGCAACACCACAGUUCUUAAAGGAAAUGUGCAUAGUUGACGAACCUUUAGAGGAAUUCACUUCAAGGCAUAGCUUGGAAUGGAAAUUUUUAUUUCUGGAUCACAGAGCCCCUCCGAUCAUAGGAUACCUGCCUUUUGAAGUUUUGGGGACCUCAGGCUAUGACUACUACCACAUUGACGAUCUGGAGCUCCUGGCCAGGUGCCAUCAGCACUUGAUGCAGUUUGGUAAAGGGAAGUCCUGUUGCUACCGGUUCCUCACCAAAGGCCAGCAGUGGAUUUGGCUGCAGACGCAUUACUACAUCACUUACCACCAGUGGAACUCCAAGCCCGAGUUCAUCGUGUGCACGCACUCGGUCGUCAGUUACGCGGAUGUCCGGGUAGAAAGGAGGCAGGAGCUGGCUUUGGAAGACCCACCACCCGAGGCCAUCCACCCUUCAGCACUCAAGGACAAGGGCUCCAGCCUGGACCCUCAGCAGCACUUUAACGCACUUGACGCAGGCACCUUGGGCCUUAACACCAGUCAUUCACCAUCAGUGUCCUCCAGAAGCUCCCACAAAUCCUCACACACGGCCAUGUCAGAACCCGCCUCUGCCCCAAGCAAGCUGAUGGCAGAGGCCAGCACCACGGCUUUGCCGAGACCAGCCACCCUGCCCCAAGAGCUCCCCGUGCCAGGGCUCAGCCAGGCAGCCACAAUGCCGGCUCCCCUGCCUGCCCCGUCAUCCUGUGACCUCACACAGCAGCUCCUGCCUCAGACCAUUUUGCAGAACCCACCUGCCCCCAUGACACAGUUCUCAGCACAGUUCAGCAUGUUCCAGACCAUCAAAGACCAGCUGGAGCAGCGGACACGGAUCCUGCAAGCUAACAUCCGGUGGCAGCAGGAGGAGCUCCACAAGAUCCAGGAGCAGCUCUGCCUGGUCCAGGACUCCAAUAUCCAGAUGUUCCUGCAGCAGCCAGCUGUUUCCCUGAGCUUCAGCAGCGCAACGCGGCCUGAGACUCAGCAGCAACUCCAGCAGAGGUCAGCCCCAGCCUCCCAGCCCCAGCUUGUGGCCAGCCCUCAACUCCCAGGGCAGAUUGCCUCUGCCCAGGUGGCAAACCAGCACCUGCUCAGAGAAUCAAGUGUGAUAUCAACCCAGGGUCCACGGCCAAUGAGAAGCUCACAGAUGAUGCAGGGAAGUGGCCACUCAGUGAGCAGCUUGACGCCCCAGUUCAGCAGCACCACGGCUGUGCUCCCACCAGCUCUGAGCCUGACCACGCUUGCUUCUGCCUCCCAGGAUGGCAGCCAGUGCCAGCCCAGCCCAGACUUUGGUCAUGAUCGGCAGCUCAGGCUAUUGCUGAGCCAGCCCAUCCAGCCCAUGAUGCCUGGGUCCUGUGAUGCGAGGCAGCCCUCAGAGGUCAGCAGGACUGGACGGCAAGUCAAGUAUCCGCAGAGCCAGGCCGUGUUUCAAAAUGCAGACAUGCACACCACCAGCAGCAGCACCUCGCCCCCCGUCCUGCUGAUGGGACAGGCGGUGCCUCAGCCCAGCUUCCCCGCCGCCGCCUCCAGGCAGUCACCCCUGCAGCCCGCACAGGCCCCGCAGCAGGCACAGCACUUCCUGCAGGUACAGGCACCGACCUCUUUGCACAGUGAGCAGCAGGACUCCCUACUUCUCUCCACCUACUCGCAACCGCCAGGGACCCUGGGCUACCCACCCCCACCCCAGCCCCCACGCCCACCCCGAAGGGUCAGCAGCCUGUCUGAGUCCUCGGGCCUCCAGCAGCCGCCCCGGUAGUGCCCUGGCACCUCAGUCGGGUCACAAUCAGCUUUAACCAAUGGACGGACAAUGGGAGUGACCACAGGAGUGGGGGAGAGGAGUUUUAAACCCUUGGCUUUUAUGCACACUGCAUACAUUUCAGAACUCCUGGAUGGUAACCUUCUCCGGAGCACAGCAGCUGGCAUGUGACACAUGAUCAGAGUACUGGCCGUAUUUCCCUUGCCUGUGUGUUUCUCGGGCACACUCUACAGCCAUACUUGGAUGGGAACCGAGUGCCCCCGCGUAAGUGUCGUUACUCAGUUGACUUAGCAGGUGGCACGGCUCGCUGCGUCCUCCUGAGAGAGUGCACUGGUCCCUCUAGCCGGCUGUGGUCUGUCCACGCUUGCUAGCUGGCCUUCACUCUCUUGACCCUCUUUUCUUUGCAUUCGAGAAGCACUGGGUCAGAGAUCUGUUGAAGAGAGAGAAUAAAGAGAUUAUUUUUCAUUAUUUUUAAAUGGUUGUUUUUGUUUUAAUUUGCACAGCUGCACAGAGGAGAUAACUUAGGCACUUUCAGGUUUUAAAAAUAAUAAGGUCUCCUGACUUCAUUUGGAGACCGCAGUAACGAAACCAGCCCACCAAUCAGAUGGCAGAGCUGGUCAUUCUUCACCAGGCUGCAGACCCACACCCUCUGGCCUAAAACCUAAUGGAAGGAGGUUCUUCACCCCAUGCCCGUUCUGGUGAUUAUUGUUUCCCCUAAAUAUAACACUGGACUGUUCCUGUUUACUUGGUUGAUUGCAACUACAAAGGCCGACUCAAAGCAAAGCACAAUCAUGCAGCUGAUGUUCCGGAAUUCUGUCGGGAACUAUGAGACUUUGGAGGAAGAGGUUCCACAAGCCAGACAGGCCUGUGGAGCCCUAGGUCCCCGAGGAGACCCCACCACGCACCGGCCCCUUGAGUCAGAAUGCUGCAUCUUUCUACAGAUCUUUCAUGAUAAGACCGAGGAUUGGAUUCUCCUUUUCAAAAUGCACUUUGCUUUUUUUGUAUGUUUUGUUAUGUUGAGAUGUUUCUAAAGAAAAAGGUUUUAUGUAAUUAAAAGAUGAAGUGUAGUGAACUGUACAGCUGUUGUAAUAAUGACCUAUUUCUAUAUAAAAUAAAAUUGUAUGGAUUAUGUGUAAAUUAUUUUGUAUCUGAGACGCCAGUUCCUUUCCCAAAUAUAAAAGUAUAAAAGUUUUCCUGUGUUUUUCUGUGAGUGGAAAUUUUGUAAUAAAUUAACGAAUUUGUACAAUUUCCUCUGGA